CAGUCCUACUACUGGUUCAUCCUUUAAUGUUAUAUUAGAAUGGAGUCAUUAUGUAUCAUGAGUAUAUAUAAUGAGUGGGUCUGUAUCUAUUCAUUAUAUUAGGAGAUAUAUGAUCUUAUGUUGGACUGUUGGGCCAUUAAUCCUACUGACAGACCUAAAGCUAUUGAAAUAUCUAACGGGCUAGAGAGAUGGACCCCUGACCUAUCAGCACAAAUUGAAGUCCAGUCACAACAUCCUGAUUAUCAGAAUAUGUCCACCAUAUUGGAAUGGGCUAGGAAGUCAAGAGAAGUUGGUCAGUAUCAUUUAUUGGAGAACACAGGAGAAGAAGGAACCACCUCUGAUGUUAACAGAGCCACACCCACUCUCGUUAACGGGUCUUAUGAUCAUCUUUCCCCUCCCACUGGUUAUGAUAAAGUUAUUAAUAAUAAUGAUGAGGAUGUCCCUAUUUAUUAACUUAUAAUUAACUUUAUUAUUAAUUAAAAGGACAAAUAAUGUAAUUAUUAAUUAGUUUUUAGUUUGUGAGUGUCAGUAACUUUUAAUUUAGUGUAUUUUAAGUAUAA